AUGGGUCACCUGAACCUGCCCGCAUCGAAGCGGAGCCCGAGGCAUUGGCGCCUCUUGGACCUUGUCUCAGCGGCCUUCUUCGGCAUAGUGAUUGUCUUCUUCCUCCUAGUCUUCACUCGCUUGGGUGACUCGCUCGCUGCCUCGGGUCGCCAGGCUCUUCUCUUAUCGACCAAUGCCGAUCCGAAGCAACGACACCGUUUAGUGGCGUUGGUGGAGCUCGGGCAGCACCAGCAGCCCAUUGAGGCAUGCCCGGUCGAUGCCGUCGACCACAUGCCGUGCGAGGACCCCAGGCGCAACAGCCAAUUAAGUCGAGAGAUGAACUUUUACAGAGAGAGGCAUUGCCCUCUGCCUGAGGAGACCCCUCUCUGCUUGAUCCCACCUCCCAAUGGCUACAAGAUUCCGGUUCAGUGGCCCGACAGCUUGCACAAGAUAUGGCACAGCAACAUGCCACACAACAAAAUCGCAGACAGGAAAGGUCAUCAGGGGUGGAUGAAACUGGAAGGCCCACACUUCAUUUUCCCUGGUGGUGGUACCAUGUUUCCAGAUGGAGCUAUACAAUAUAUUGAAAAACUUGGACAGUACAUCCCUAUCAGUGAUGGCGUCCUGCGAACUGCUCUCGAUAUGGGUUGUGGGGUUGCCAGUUUUGGGGGGUAUCUUCUGUCCAAAGACAUUUUGGCAAUGUCAUUUGCUCCAAGAGAUUCCCACAAGUCACAGAUACAAUUUGCAUUGGAAAGAGGAAUUCCAGCAUUUGUUGCUAUGCUUGGCACUCGCAGGCUUCCAUUUCCUGCUUUCUCAUUUGAUUUGGUGCACUGCUCUCGAUGUUUGAUCCCUUUUACUGCCUAUAAUGCCACAUAUUUCCUUGAAGUGGAUCGUUUACUUCGCCCAGGAGGAUACCUAGUAAUCUCCGGUCCUCCUGUGCAGUGGACUAAUCAAGACAAGGAAUGGGCGGAUCUCCAGGGUGUCGCAAGAGCAUUGUGUUAUGAGCUGAUUGCUGUGGAUGGAAACACAGCUGUCUGGAAAAAGCCUGCUGGAGAUUCAUGCCUUCCUAACCAAAAUGAAUUUGGCCUUGAAUUGUGUGGUGAAUCAGAUGACCCAAGUGAUGCAUGGUAUUACAAUUUAAAGAAAUGUAUGAGUAGGACAUCUUCUGUCAAGGGAGAAUAUGCUGUUGGGAUGAUUCCAAAGUGGCCAGAGAGGCUGACAAAAGCUCCUGCAAGGGCCACACUCAUGAGAAAUGGCAUCGAUGUGUUUGAGGCUGACACGCGACGUUGGGCGAGAAGAGUUGCUUACUAUAAGAACUCCCUAAACCUGAAGCUUGGAACUCCAGCUGUACGCAAUGUCAUGGACAUGAAUGCAUUUUUUGGAGGUUUUGCAGCUGCACUAAAAUCUGACGCUGUGUGGGUGAUGAAUGUUGUUCCUGCCCGCAAGCCCUCAACUCUUUCCGUAAUCUUUGACAGAGGUCUUAUUGGAGUAUACCAUGACUGGUGUGAGCCUUUCUCAACGUACCCUCGUUCUUAUGACUUCAUCCAUGUAACCGGAAUUGAAUCACUCAUAAAGCAUCCAGGUUCCACCAAGAACAGCUGUAACCUUGUGGAUUUGAUGGUGGAGAUGGAUCGAAUGUUGCGUCCUGAAGGAACGGUUUUGGUUAGAGACUCCCCUGAAGUAAUAGAAAAAGUAGCUCGCAUAGCUCAUGCCGUAAGGUGGACUGCUAGCAUACAUGAGAAAGAACCAGAGUCACACGGGAGAGAGAAAAUUCUUGUUGCAACGAAAACGUUUUGGACUUUGCCUUCAGCAUCCAACUGA